UGUGAAAUUUCAAUUAACUUAUUUCGAGUUCAAGGUUUCAGUCGUUAUGCAAUCAAGCAAUUUCCAUAUUAGGGCUUUCGCGUACAAUUAUAUGAGAAGAUAGUAUUUCAAGAAAUUUGCACUUCCUACGUUCAACCAAACGAGAAGAGAACCUACCCUUAGUCAUACAGUCACAGUUUCUCCUCAUUAGCGCGGAAAAGAAUAGUACUUCAUUCAAAGAAAACCCCGGCUCUGUCCCAACUCCCAACUCUCUGCUUCCUAAUUUCAGGGUGAGUUCUUCAACUUUCUCUGCUUCUCCCUCUUACGUUAUAUAGUCUUCGUUGUUUAAAUACAUUUUAAAGUUCGAUAUUCGUCCAUACUUCUGUUCGAUUCGCCGAUUACAAAAGUACAGUCGAAUUUGUCGCCCAAUUAUGUGAAAUUUCAAUUAACUUAUUUCGGGUUCAAGGUUUCAGUCGUUAUGCAAUCAAGCAAUUUCCAUAUUAGGGCUUUCGCGUACAUAGAUUAGCUUCGGAAGAUUUAAAGUUCAGUUUUUCAGCGAGAUUUAAUCUCAAUUUGCUUAUGAUUAAUACUUUUUUUAGCAAAAUAUUUUAUGGGUUAGACUGAAACUUAUGUGGUGCAUGGUAGGGUUUUGAGAGAAAAAUUGGCAUUGUUGAAGACAGAGAUUACUUAGUAGAUAUGGAUUGGGCUUUGUUUGAAGGUACAGACUUUUUUUUAGACAUGGAGACGAGCACUCCAAAUACUAGAAGAUGUAGGGGUGAAGCAAUGAAUUAUUAUGCUGGAGAUGUUGAAGCGGAUGAAGAUUAUGUUACUUUUUUUAGAGAUUUACUUAAUGUUUGGGAUGCGAAAUUCGUGGGGGAAGAUGAUGAUGAGGAUGAUCCACAUUAUAAGGCUUUCUUGGAAAAUUUGAAAGAACACGGGAAUGGGUAUAUGUGUGAUGUGUCUAUAGAGCAUGGCGUAUUGUCCCCACUCAUUUAUGAAGUGGAGAAUAAUUCCCCUUCCCCUUCCCCUACUGAAAUCAAGAGGAAAACUCCACGAGCUCGCGCCAGUGCUUGUAUUCCGGGGAAGAGGAAAUUGUAUAAGGGUGACCGGGAUUCGAAAUAUAAAAGUUCGGGGGCAAAGAGUGACUCUCAUGAUAAGUUGAAGAGGAGGGUAAAAGUGGUUGAUGAUAUCAAAUCUGGUCCGAGGGUUCGUUCUGAUGGUAUCAAGCGAAGAUCUCCUCUAUCUGGCAGUGGUGAUUGUGUUAGGGAGAAUAGGAAAUCUGUUAGGGAGAAUAGGAAAUCUGAAGUAGUUGAUGAGGUAUAUGGUAAAUUCUUGAAUAAUUUGCACGUCGUAGAAGAUUUUGUGUUCUAUGAAUACGGAGAUGGAGAGCGAGUCUUUUAUGAUACUAGUGAUGAACAGACAAUGGAUGUUGAAAUUCAACCACUUAAGACAAUUACAAGGCCAUUGAUGUUGAAUUUGAGACCACCAACACUAAGUCUAAGUCCAGCACCAGCACCCAUUCCAAGACCGCCAACUCCAUCUUCUAGGGAACAAAUUGCCCAAAGAAAGCCAAUUCCUCAUGACCGUAGUAUGCUCAGCGUAUCUAAGGAGACGGAGGAAUGUUCCUCAUUGUGGGAAGAGUUACACAAUAACCUUAGACAGCCCUAUGAUCAAAAGGAGUAUGAUGAGCUUUGGGAGAUCAUGUCUACUCGAAAGCCUGUAUCUAUUCACAGGGAUUCACGUAGUGGAGGAUCUGACAGGCCAGGACACAUGGGCAAAUCUUACUUUGACUCAUAUCCUGAUCUGUAUACGAAAAUAGAGGAAGUUAUGUCCGAACCCGAGAAGGUCUUGAAUCUCCUACGAAUGUUGGACUUUUUCUUGAAGAAAAUUCCUGCUGGAGUUUCUCCACCUUGGUUGGAUGACUUGUCAAUACAAUCUUGCCCGGAGAUCAUCCUAGUUGACUAAAUGGUUCAUAAUGAACUGUGAUUCUGAGAGACUUCAUGGUUGAAUUGUGCUAAGUCCAUCAAUAUCACAAUUUUUGCUAUAGUUAACAUGCGGAGAUGCGCAAAUCUUGAACAAAAGAAGGGCAGGAAUACAUUGUGGAUUAAUGAAUCAUAUAGUGCAUUGAGUACACCCAUUUUGUAUAUCAGCUGAACAAGUUUUUGCAUGUUAUGGUAGAAGUAAUAUGAUUAUUACUUAUCACAUACCUGACUGGUUUGCGUCAACUGAUGCUUGCUAUUACUCUACAUCUGGAAGCUCGUUGCUGUUGAAUUUCAUCCGCGGUUUUCCCAUGCUGAAGUUUAACACUCUUGAAUUCAUGUUGUAUUUGAUUUCUCCAUCAUACAACAUCUUUCUUAUAUAAUGUUCUAUGUCUGAACCAAUGAGGCGCAGUGUGUAUUCUGUCAGAGGUGCACCCUGUUUUAUGAUUAAGAUUAGAUUAUUAGAUUGUAAGUGCAUUAGUCUUAAACUCUGAGGAAGUAUUGCCCCAUACCAAGACGCAUGAACAGUAAACUAUAGGAAAAGCUGUUAGUUAAUUAACAGUUCAUGUGUCUUACUGUCUCAACCGACCCUUUCUAGUAUCUUUCUCCGAUUUGAGUAUCUUUUACCAUCUAUAUCAAAAAUUACUUUAUGUA